CAUGAUGUCAAUAAUUAUGAUGAUGAGGAAGGCGAUGAAGAGGCUGAAAAAGAAUCAUCUAAAAAACAAAAAUUUAAUGAAGAUGAAAUUGGGGAUUUUAAUAAAUCUCACACAGUUGAGGAUAUCAAAGAACACACAAAUUACCUAGAAUUUAAGGAAGAUGAAAAUGAUCCGAUGGGCUUUUAUGUAAAAUAUCCUAAAAAGAAUUACAUCAUAUCGAGCAAUAAACUUAAGGUUGCAAAUUUAUAUCGUGAAUUUUUUCGAUUAGAAGCCGUUAUUCCCCGUCAAAUAGAUCCUAGUAUUGGAAUUGAAGAAGGAGCUCCGUUUUAUGACCCUAAUUCUGGAGUUAAAAAAUUAAAAUAUUAUGAAAACAUUAAGAAUUAUUUAAGUGAACAAAGCUCAUCCCAAAUUCUUGAUUCUUUUGAUUCUUCAAAAAUUAAUGGUGCUAUUAAUUUAAAAUUGAACCAAGAAGAGCAAACCGCAAAUAAAAUCAAGUUCCUCAAGGGAAAGAAGUAUUACAAUAAUAUUUGUAAAAUUAAAUAUGAUGAAGAAAAGUGUCACCUUGUGAGAACAAGUAAUAAGACUGGUUGUUUUAAUAUUGAUGAAAACAAAUAUAAUGAAAUCCAACAAUAA